AUGUCGAGCAAUUUAGUUGACGGCAUUUUCUCACAUUUUCCAUCGACCGAGUACUCCCAUCCUGAUAUCGACCAAUCACACCAAGAUAAAGUUGUGUUCUCACUUGACAUUGUAUACGGCCCUCGUUUACUGAACCCAAAUGAAGUGGGCAUGCCCUGUGAGCGCACGUGUUCUGAAUGCACCCGGGUUUUCCGUUUUUACCACGAAAAAUUACCCAUGGUAUCGUGUUUCAAGUCAGAGGAAAAGGCUACAGGGUACCAAAAACUUCUGAGACGGUCACUUAUGGAUUUGGGUAGAGUCCUUCUUUUCCAUGUUCUGAUAGAGCCCUUUGAGCUGUCUUCUUCUAUG